AUGGCAACCGCCUCAACCCUCAUGCCCCUCCUGGCGCAAUCCUUCGUCGAUUCCACCCCCUCCUCUUCCCCAAAGACUCCUCGUCGUCAAGUGGUAGGAUACGGGGCCGGCGCGAGUCCGUCGCCUAGGACAAAGGAGAGGGCGAGGAGGAUUGCGGGUGAGGAAGGGGCGGGACGAGAGUCGAUCUUCUCUUGGUCGGACCAGACGCUGGCUGAGCGCUUUCAGUUCGUCGAGGAGAUCGGCUACGGCAACUGGGGUUCCGUCUGGAAAGUCCAGCCGAAGCUCGCCGGACCCGACGCGCCAGUCCAAAGCGUCAAGCUCGUCCACCGCUCGAAGAAUCCAACGUCUUCGGCACGCGUACGUGCGCUGUGGACCGAGUUCAAAUGCAUCCGCGCCCUCCGCGCCGAUCCCCACCCGAACCUGAUCCACUUUCACAGCUUCAUCAUCUCCCCCUCUUACGCCAUCUGCCUCAUGGACUUCCACCCGCGCCUGAUGCCCGUCGCGCUCCCCGAAUCACGCGCGAAACCCUACUUCGUCCAGCUCCUCUCCGCCGUCCAACACCUCCAUUCGCACGGGAUUGCGCACAACGACAUCAAGCCGAGCAACAUCUUGCUGAGCCAGGACGACAGGCCGGUUUUGAUUGAUUUUGGGUUUGCGCAGCAGUAUGAGGAGGGGAAGCCGGAAAGGUUCUUGAGCUCGCUGAGUUGGGGGACGCCGGAGUACCUGAGCCCGGAGCGCGCGAAGGGAGCUUUGCACGACGAGCGACUCAGCGACGUCUUCGCCCUCGGUGUCACCAUGUACGAGAUCGUCGUGGGCCGAACGCCCUUCGAGAAGUCGGAGGACGAGAACUUCCUCAACCGCGAGCAGCUGGAGGUGUAUUACAACCGCACCUUGACCGGCCAGUUUUACGGCGACUACAUCAUCUCGACCGAGUUCGAGUCGCUCAUUCACCACAUGGUCGAGCCGUCCAUCGAGCUUCGCAUGCCCAGUUGCGGCGCCGCCCUCAAGCACCGCUUCUUCGAUCUCCCUCCUUCGCCAUACGCCAACAUACGCCAGUCGGUCCUCUACACCACGCCAACGAAGCCUACGCCCGCAAAGUCGCUCGUCCAGACACCUUCGUCGAGCGCGAAGAAGGCGAACCGUCCCGUCGCGCAGAGCCCGAGGCGGCAGACGCCCGCUUCUUCGUCCGCCAAGAAGAAGAAACAGUUCGUCAUCUACCAGGACGACGACGAAGUUGUCACUGCGCCGACACCGCCGCGUGCCGCGACCGGCGUCUCGCCCUUCUCGCCCCGCCAGGAGCCUCUCGCGAACCGCACCAACGUCCAGUCCGUCUCGACGGCUCAAACGCCGCAGAAGGCGCCCGUCAAGCCCGCCAACGUCGUGAAGUCCCCUCCUCCACGCUCCCGCAUCCCCGUCCGCCCGCCCAAACCCGACAUCACUUCUCCUUCCGCCAAGUCCGCCACGCCCAUCCCCUCACGUAUUCCGACAUCAUCUGGCAGGCCCGCCACUCUCGGCCACAAACGCAUCGUCUCGUCUCCGACCAUGCUCCGCACGAGGCCGCGAAUCGUCUCGCAGCCGCUUCUGUCGAAGAUCGCGCUCGAGGAGACUUCGCCUGUCGAGACGACGGACUCGUCGAGCAAGCCGAGACUGGCGAGGUCGUCGUCGGUCAAGUCGGUCAAGCGCAAACCUGUCCCGGCCAUGACGGAACUCGACUUCGUCCCGACUCUUCCGAAGACGAUCAAGCCGGUCCGCGACGUUCACGUUCCUUCGCACGCCCGUGAGGACAGCGGCUUUGGCCUCAUCAGCGCUGAGGAAGAGGAGGAGGUGCUCGCCUCGAAUCCCGCCAGCCCAGUCCCGCAGCUCGAGGCCGAUUCUUCGAGCGACUCGUCGCCUUCUGCUCCGACGACGCCAACCGACGAGCUGCCGACUUUCGUCAGCACGAGCCGGACGUACAUCGUCAAGCGCAAGUCGAAAGCGAUCGGCGGAGAAGGCGCUUUGACGAACCUCGGCGGCGUCUUGACCAACGAUUUGCCCCGUCUCAGCCGCAAGUCCUCGCAGGCCGUCGCAGCUCGCAUCGGCAAGCUCUCGGUAAAGAACGUCCGCCGCGCGCCCUCAGCCAUGUCGUUCGCCGGCUUGAAGGCUGCUGUCACCGGCAGGCGUCGCGCCUCGCUCACCGACUCGAUGUUUGAGAUGGUCGAAGCGGAGAGGCUCGACGAGAGGAAUGCGCACACUAUGCCCCUCAGGCUCGAGCACAAGGUCACCAGCCCUCGCAAAGAGCGUGCCCGCCUUGCCUCCUUCUCGCGACAGGUCCAGCACGUCCUCGACUCGCGCAAUGUCGUCGACCCGUUCAUGAUCAACCCUACGGCUUCUCUCGGCACCACAACGCCUGUCCGGGUCCCUUCGCCGGCAGGAGAUGAACCUCUGCAGCCCUUCAGCUUUAACGGCACUGCUUCGCUGAACAGCAAGCCGGUCGGGUAUGAGAACUUGGCCAUCUCGCCUCCGCAACGCUCCUCGUCUCUCCGCCGCAACUUGCCGGGCAAGCAGGAGGUUCCGACCGUCUCGCCGCCUACGUCGCCCGGGGCCUCGAUGGGCGAGUUCAAGCCGGGUCACCGCCGCAUCCCGACGGCCAUCCGCAACCUGCCUUCGGUCGUCCUUCACGAGUCGGCCGAUGACGGCGACUACUCCGAGUCCGACUAUUCUCGCGCCGAUACUCCCGCGUUCGAGCGGGUCGCCAGCCCGCCGCCACCGCCGCGCAUCGUCGAAGAAGCGAGGCAGCUGCCGACAUGGGUACCCGACGACUUCUCGGACGACGAGGAUGGCGAGGCUGACGUCGACGAGCCGACUGUCACGCUCGGCUCCCCGACUAGAAUUAGGCGCGUGCCGUCGAAGCUCAAGAAGGGCAGUGUCACCGCGACGUACGAGACCGUCUCGACGCCUUCUUCCGCUCGCUCGCCUACUACUCGUCCGCCUCUCACUCGCGGCGGAACCUACGAAUCGGUUUCUCCCGCCGCUGGAACUCGCAGCCGUCCUGCAUCGCCCUCCCACACCGCUCUUCCCUUCACGAACCUCCACUUGCGCUCCGACUCUCGUUCAACCUUCAACAGCAUCUCUAGCACGCACUCGAAUAGCCGCAAAACCGGCGGCAAAGGCUUGCACAAGCGCUCGAGGAGCGUCCUCUCGUUCUUUUCGCUCUUCUCGGCUGGCGGAGGCGAUGGUCGCGACACGGUCAGGAGCGCAUCGAGGAUGAGCAACGUCUCCAACCUUGGGUGGAGCACCUCAUCGCGCGACGUGCUCGGCCAGUCGCAGCAGCGGCAGGAGCGCGAGGGACAGAUGUCGCCGCCGCCUGUCCCGAGCGGCAAGAAGGCGAAGAAGGGCGGCAGGCUCAGGAAGGCGAUGAGCAAGGUCUUCCGCUAG